AUGAGGAAGAAUAUGAGAAAGAAAAAGAGGAAGAAUAAAAAGGAGGAAGAAAAAGAGAAGGAGGAAGAAUAUGAGAAAGAAAAGGAGGAAGACAAAGAGAAAGAAAAGGAGGAAGACAAAGAAAAUGAGGAAGAAUAUGAAAAAGAAAAAAAAGAAAAGGAGUACGAAAAAGAAAAGGAGGAAGAAUAUGAUAAAGAAAAGGAGAAAGAAAAAAAGGAGGAAGAAUAUGAGAAAGAAAAGGAGUAAGAAAAAGAAAAGGAGGAAGAAUAUGAGAAAGAAAAGGAGGAAGACAAAGAAAAGGAGGAUGACAAAGAAAAGGAGGAAGAAUAUGAGAAAGAAAAGGAGGAAGAAUAUGAGAAAGAAAAGGAGGAAGACAAAGAAAAGGGUGAUGACAGAGAAAAGGAGGAAGAAUAUGAGAAAGAACAGGAGGAAGAAUAUGAUAAAGAAAAUGAGGAAGACAAAGAAAAGGAUGAUGACAAAAAAAAGGAGGGAGAAUAUGAGAAAGAACAGAAGGAAGAAAAAGAGAAAGAAAAAGAGGAAGACAAAGAAAAGGAGAAAGAAUAUGAGAAAGAAAAGGAGGAAGAGAAAGAAAAGGAGAAAGAAUAUGAGAAAGAAAAAGAGGAAGACAAAGAAAAGGAGGAAGACAAAGAAAAGGAGGAAGAAUAUGAUAAAGAAAAGGAGAAAGAAAAAAAGGAGGAAGAAUAUGAGAAAGAAAAGGAGUAAGAAAAAGAAAAGAAUGAAGAAUAUGAGAAAGAAAAGGAGGGACAAAAAAAGGAGGAGGACAAAGAAAAGGAGGAAGAAUAUGAGAAAGAAAAGGAUGUAGACAAAGAAAAGGAUGAUGACAAAGAAAAGGAGGAAGAAUAUGAGAAAGAACAGGAGGAAGAAAAAGAGAAAGAAAAGGGGGAAGACAAACAAAAGGAGGAAGACAAAGAAAAGGAGGAAGAAUAUGAGAAAGAAAAGGAGGAAGAGAAAGAAAAUGAGGAAGAGGAGAGAAGAAUGACAUGA